GACUGCGAUUCGCCAAAGUCCGUCGCGUCCACGAUCUGCGACCACUGGGGCAUGGCCAGGGCCACGCCCGCGGACACCAGGGCGGGCGACGACGCCACGCUCGCGCGGGGAGGCCCGAGGGAGCGCGUCUGGAAGCCAUCUCCGAAGAGCGCCGACUGCUGCCUGCUUCAGCCUUCCACCGAGGUGCUCAUAUUCGGCACGGGCUCGGACCUCGACGGCGUCAGGGGAACGAUAACGAUCGUCGACGCGGCGGAGGGCCUCUACCGCGUGCGCCUACCAAGUGGCAGCCAGAGGAAGAUCAUGGCUGGGUUGUGCCGCGCGGUCGACCCGUACCCCUGA